GAGCAAUUCCUUUGGAUAGAAAUAUCUUGUCAGUUUUUGUAUUAUGUCUGUUUACUAAAUAUUUCCUUAUAUAAGUUUCCUUCUAGUUUGAAGUCUGCGUCUGACCCCUGUUCUGCAUCUCAAGUUAUCACCAUGUCCACAGAUAGUGGCUUUGGCGCGUCUGGCAGUAGUGAUGCUCAGCAAAGUCUUCAGUCUUUCUGGCCUCGGGUCAUGGAAGAGAUUCGAAAUCUAACAGUGAAAGAUUUCAGAGUGCAGGAACUCCCACUGGCACGCAUUAAGAAGAUUAUGAAACUGGAUGAAGAUGUGAAGAUGAUUAGUGCUGAAGCUCCUGUGCUGUUUGCCAAGGCUGCUCAAAUAUUCAUAACAGAACUGACGCUACGGGCAUGGAUACACACUGAAGAUAAUAAGCGCAGGACUCUGCAGAGAAAUGAUAUUGCCAUGGCAAUUACCAAGUUUGAUCAGUUUGACUUUCUCAUCGAUAUUGUUCCCAGAGAUGAACUUAAACCUCCAAAACGCCAGGAAGAGGUGCGCCAGGCUGUGACUCCCGCUGAACCUGUCCAGUACUAUUUCACGCUUGCUCAACAGCCCGCCGCAGUACAGGUACAGGGGCAACAGCAAGGACAACAGACCACCACGUCCACCACUACCAUCCAGCCAGGACAGAUCAUCAUUGCUCAGCCUCAGCAGGGACAGACCACCCCAGUGACGAUGCAGGUUGGUGAGGGUCAGCAGGUCCAGAUCGUCCAGGCACAGCCACAAGGGCAAACACAGCAGGCUCAGAGUGGAACUGGGCAGACCAUGCAAGUCAUGCAGCAGAUAAUCACCAAUACAGGAGAAAUCCAGCAAAUUCAGGUUCAGCUGAAUGCUGGCCAGCUGCAGUAUAUCCGCUUAGCUCAACCUGUAUCAGGCACCCAGGUAGUCCAGGGACAGAUUCAGACGCUUGCAGCCAAUGCGCAGCAGAUCACACAAACAGAAGUCCAGCAAGGACAGCAGCAGUUUAGCCAGUUCACUGAUGGGCAGCAACUCUAUCAGAUUCAGCAAGUGACCAUGCCUGCAGGGCAGGACAUCGCCCAGCCCAUGUUUAUUCAGUCCACCAAUCAGACUUCAGAUGGACAAGCUCCCCAGGUGGCAGGGGACUGAACGAACCCACAGCAACGAGUAUUCUAUCGGCAUGGAAAUGGACACUCGCCAUCUUGACUUUUGCCAUUCUAACCGGCUCUGAUGAAGACGUCUCCCUUUGUGUAUCUGUACUUGAUAUUAAGCCUAUAGUAGGCUAUGAUCGCUGGUGCGCUCUACACCAUCUCUGGUGGGUAUGAGAGAAUAUCCAACAGUGACUAACAAGGAUGCAAUAUAGGUCGGCAUACUUAGCUGCGUGUUCAUCUUUGUAAAACUGAAGAUAAUUGAAAUGAAAUCUAUAGCAGCUUAUUCAAUGAUGUAGUGGAACAUUUUUCUUUGGUCAGAUUCGUAAAAGGGGACUGCAUCUUGUUUCCCAUAACAGCUUUAUUCCCAGUAUUCGGUUUGCAUUCUACUGUGAAUAGAGCUAGACCAAGGUAUCUCAACCUGGUAGUUCAGUAGAGGUAUACGUGUGCGUGCACAUGAGUGUAUUGGGAGAUUUUCCUCCCUGCUCCCCCUUUGUUUUUGAUAGACCUGAGCGCUGAAUAUUUGCCGCUUUUUGGGAAGGAAAAACCAUUCCUUGUGUUACAAUAAAUAUAUUUUCUAAGGACAAUAGAGGCUUAAACUUGUCCCCGUCUAUUCCAGAAACACUAAAGAAUCUGGAGAAAAAAAGUUAACCAUUGUGCUAGUCUGUCGAUGCAUGUAUUAUAAGCUGCAUGAAAUGCAAUAAAUUUCUUUUUAGAUAAUC